AUGGGGAAGAAGCUGCUGCCGGGAAGGAACGGCCGCAAACCCCCGCGGGCCCGGGCGGCGCUGCUCUUUGCCAUCUUUGCCUUUGGGGCCUGCGGCUCCUUCAGCGGCGAGACCGGGGCGACGGUGAACUGUGGUGGUGAAACCAAAGAGAUGAGCGCCAUUUCCGUCCAGUUUGGGUACCCCUUCAGGUUAUACCAGAUUCCUUUCGAGAUGCCGACCUGUGAGGGGGAGUCGGAGACCCAAACCCUGCACCUCGUCGGCGAUUUCUCUGCUCCUGCAGAAUUUUUUGUGACCCUGGGGGUCUUCUCCUUCCUCUACACCAUGGCAGCUCUGGUGCUUUACCUGCGCUUUCAUUCCCUCUACAGCGAAAAUAAGAAGCUCCCCUUCGCGGAUUUCUGUGUCACCGUCUGCUUCGCCUUCUUCUGGCUGGUGGCAGCGGCAGCGUGGGGCAAGGGGCUCAGCGACGUGAAAGCAGCCACGCGGCCCGCCAGCCUCAUCGCCGCCAUGGGGGUCUGCCAGGGCCAGGAUGUGGUCUGCAACGCCGGCACCACGCCGGCCAUGGGGCUGGCCAACAUCUCCGUGCUCUUCGGGUUCCUCAACUUCGUGCUGUGGGCCGGGAACUGCUGGUUCGUGCUGAAGGAGACGCCGUGGCAGGCGCAGGGGGUAUAG